UGAUGUGUGAAGGUGACGUGGUAGGGAUAGAGGGCAUUAUCAUCCACGCCCUUCGUUACUCCCACCCUGCCAACCCUCCUCCUCCUCCGUCAGCCGCUGUUCAUGCGAGGGCUGUGUAUGAAUAUGGUGGUGUCCCGCCGCGCGAGGCGGCCGCCCUCAGAACACUCACGCCCACCGCCAGUCCUUCCCUAAUGUGUUUGUGGGAAGGCGUUGGACGGAAAACGAGCAAUACCACUCUGGUGAGAGCGUCUGAGGGAGACGCGUGGCGUGGCACGGGGCGGAAUGAGGUGCGGAACAAAGCCGCUUCUUGCAGACGCGUGAUCAGGAAGACGGAACAAACACAGCAGAAAUCUUAUCGGAACUCCCUUAAGGACGACCUUGGGGCAUCAUCACUCCUGGCUGAGACGCGCCUUCAUCGAGGUCAAGUGAUUGACAGCGAGGCCCUCCCUCCAUCCUGGCAGCGGAGUCCAAUGUCCCUCACAGUGCUGCCGCGACCCCAACCCCCGGCCCUCCCUGGGGGUCUCGGCCACGCCCCGCCAUCACCUCACAACGCCACGUUUUCCAGUGACUCAAGGUCCGUUUUCCUUUUAUGCAAUUUGCCUCGGCUCACUCCCCGCGGCCUGCCUGGGUGGGGGAGGGGAGGCAAGGGAGACACCCUCGUCGCCUCAUCCUCGCAGCAAACGAGGUGGGAGGCUCCGUGCUCUGCCUUUUGGCCAUUCUUGUAUUUACCAUUUUCUUCCUGAGCCUCGUAUCCUCGGCCUCUUCACAUUUCCUGACGUUUUCUUUGUGAAUAAACACGCUUAACACUAAUUCUCAGAUGAGUGCACUUUUGCUGAGAUGCGCAACGUAACACAUUUUGCUCGUCACAUUUCCUAUUUUGUUUGAGGCAUUUUUCAUCUUUCUGGCCCAGGAUUUGCAUUUUUUUUUUGACAUGAGCUUACGGUGUUGUGAAUUUAGAUAAGCUUCACUCUCUCUCUGCUGACUGCUGCGUGUCUGCCCUGCAAGAGAAGAGAGAGAGAGGGGGGUUUAGGGGCGAGUUACAUGCACGGUGAAAAAGUAGUUUAUUCGAGUCUUAAAGCUGCUCACACUGUUGCGCUUAACUCCUCCUAUUGCUGGUGUUCCAUGCAUAGUUAGUAGUCUUACUGAAUUAACACUCAAAACAUCUGGUGCUCUUUAAAGCUCAAAUCAUUAGGGUGUUCUUUUGAGCCCCUUACAACCACUAGUUGCUGAACACACAUGAUAAUGAACAUUUUUUUGUUUCCGGAAGUAGCUACACCACCACCACCACCCGGCAGCCUAGCACACCACCUGGGAAUACACCACAAGAGCACAAGAGGCACACGCGCUCUUUGUCUGCCAGAACAUCGGAGUCUGUCUAGCGCCUGUCACAUUGCCCGGCCCCAACACAAGAUCCAGCCAAACUACCUAGUCAUCCCGGCGUUGUGUGCACGAACCCACCCCACGAGGGAAGCAUGUACCGACUGUCUUUUGUUUUUGAGUUUUUUUUUUUCCAGUUAGACAAGAGCAUGGUUUCAAAGGGGCAGUGUUCAAGAAUUAUAACAUCUCACAAGCGUCAGUCAGAAAUUCCAACCAGUACAAAAAGGAAAUAAUGUUGGAUCAGUUAGUAUAUUACGUUCGUUAUUGUUGUCUGAAGGCAUAUUGACUGCAGUGCUGUGUUUGUUUAGCCAAAAAAGGGAUCACGUACAGUAUUUUUUAUUCUCUUGCACUUUUCAAUGAGAUUAUUUCACAUUUUAUAAAAACCGAUGUAGCUAAGUGCUCUAGUCUAACAAUAUAGCUUUCAUCAUUCCCGCCCACAGCAAACAUGUUCACCGAAAUACCAGCGUGCAGUUAAAUCCUCUUGGUCUGUUUUUUCGCUGCUCUGGUGAAAGGCGGAGAAUAUGUAAUGCGGCAUCUUUACUUGGCGAUCUGUCAGUGUCGGUGGAAGCGGAGAAUGUUUAGCCCCAACACAACGAUGCAACAUGUCUUGCUGGAGAAACAAAUCAAGAAAACAGCAGCGUCAACAUGCCUUCAGACUAAUGACGAACGUGAUGCCUGUCCUGUCGCUCUUACACUUUUUUCUACUGGCUUUCUUAUUUCUAGUGAUUGAUUGACGGGUUGUGAGACGCUGCGAUUCCUGAAACACCCACCGCCUCUCAAACCUCGCGCCUUGUGCCGGACUGCAGAAAUGGAGCCAAGAAAUGAAGCUGAUGUUAAAACGAAAAAGACACGAGGGUAUUGUUUCCUCUACACGGGUGAACUUCGAUCUUACAAUACUGGGACGGACAGGCACCACCACCCACCACCACUACCACCAAUACUUACUUCAGUGUCUUGUAUCGCUCCUUCUCGUAGCUGUUGUCUGGCCCCUCACACUCGAAGGACGCGAGAGCCAGACCUGAAGGGCAGAGGGAAGGAAAGGUUGGGUCAGACACUACGUAGAGAAGGAGGCGUGUGGCGCAUCAGCACAGCAUCAACAAUGGCGCUGUAAAUACUGCUGACUGUGGAAAUGUACAUAUACUAUACUGGAGAAAAUGUC